AUGGAUGAAAAUACUAGACUAAAAUGCGAGGUCGGAUGGGCAAGGAUUUGUGUUAGUCCAACGGAACGGAUGCCGAGUUCUAUUACCCUUAAACAUGGUAUGAUGGUGUAUAAGGUUGCGGUGUGGCCCGAAUGGCCUCUAAUUAUGUCAACAAUGUCGACUUCCAACUUAUGCACGGACCAUGUAGAGCAAGAAGUGCCUUCCCUGAAUCCUCCUUCUAGGGACUUUGAAGAGAACAAUAUAUUGGGCUCACCGGUACAACCAAUUGAUAUGGAUAAGUGUUUGGAUGAGGUGACCAAUUUUGGUGAGCUAUGUACGAAACUCCAAGCGAAUUUCUCACCUAUCCUAUCCUGGGGUGUGGGGCUAAUUGUGCAUGAGUUAUCAGAGGAAGAGACUGUUGAGUCAGAUGUUGAAUAUGACGCUGAUGAGGAGUUAUGUGAGAAUUUUUGCACUCAUAACAUGAUGUUGAACGAAAAAAAAUCUCUUGAUAGAGAGAUUCUAUCUAAAGAGUCUGAAGUGUGGCCCGAUAUUCGCGAAAUCCCCACAAUGACGCUUAUUAAGAAGUGUCAGCUGAAAAAGAUUGGUGAUUUACCCCCUGGAUUCCCGUCUCCAGAAAAACCUUGGAAUGUUUGUGGAAUUAAUGAAAGAGAGAAGCGAUGUAUUCUGAAAUCGCUUGUGGGUUCUACUAGAAGUGGUAUUUAUAGUUUUUGUGAGACAAAGAUUCGACAGAUGGAUCAAUGGAUUGUUAGAGAGUUGUGUAAUUGGCGAUUGUGUGGAUGGGCGGCACUUGACUCUAUUGGGGCGUCAGGUGGGAUUCUAAUUUCUUGGAAUGAUGAUGAAUUCGAGAAGAUGGAUGUUGAUAUUGGAAAAUUCUCAAUUAGUGUGCAACUUAGAAAUCGGGGAGAUAACUUUCGUUGGGUGUUGUCUGCGGUUUAUGGGCCAGUGAGCCACGAUCUAAAAGCGGAGUUUUUUAACGAGUUGUCAAAAGUGUUUAGUUUAUGGAAUUUGCCGAUCAUAUUUGCUGGAGAUAUGAAUCAGGUGAGGGAUCCUUCUGAAAGAAAGGGUGCUAGAAGAUUGACUAGCCAAAUGUCAGAGUUUUCUAAUAAGAUCGAGGACCUGGAGCUUGUAGAUCUGCCUCUUAAAGGUGGUCGAUUUACAUUCAAAAGAGGCAAUGGUAGUGGUGGGUUGUCUGAGUCUCGCAUCGACAGGUUUUUGGUUAGUGAGUCGAUCUUUCGGGGGGUGGCUAAUAUUUUUCAAAAGGUUCUUCCGUGGAGUUGUUCGGACCAUCGACCUAUUCUAUUAGAGCAUAGGGUUGUGCAGUUGCCUUGCCGCCCUUUCAGGUUCGAGAAUAAGUGGUUGAGUAGAGUCGAAUUUUUGCCGCGUGUGCAAGAAUGGUGGAGGACUCAAGCUCCUUUGGGUUCUACUUCAUCGAAACUGUUUAUGAAUUUGAAGAAUUUACGCAAUCAAAUAAAAAGUUGGUAUGUGGGUGAACGUGCUACUUUUUGUGCAAAGGUCGAUGAAUUAUGUAAAAAGAUUAAUAUUAUCGAUGAAGUGGAAGAGGUUCGUGAGCUUUUGGCUGAAGAGGUUAGCUCUCGUAUUUUCCAAGUUUCUAAUCUUCUGGAAUUGUGUAAAGAAGAAGAGAUUGGGGCCAGACAACGGAGCAGAGCUACUUGGAUAAGAUAUGGGGAUAAAAACACAAAGUUCUUUCAUUGUGUCUCGAAGGAGCAAGCUAGGAAUAAUGCUAUUAAUUCUAUUUCGCUGGAGGGUGUUGUACAUGAUGCUCGUUUCACGGAGGAAGAAGUGGAGGCAGCAGUUAUGGGUUGUGGAAGCGAUAAGGCACCAGGAAGUGACGGUUUUACUUUGGCAUUCUUCAAAAAAGCUUGGCCUUUUCUAAAGAUUGAUAUCAUGGAAGCGAUCGAGCAUUUUUAUCAAUUUUCUUCAUUCGAUAAGAGUUGGAACUCAUCCCUGAUCUAUCUGAUUCGCAAAACUCCCGGGACUAUCAAUGCGAAAAAUUUUAGACCUAUUAGUCUUGUUUCCUCAUUCUACAAGAUUGUGUCUAAGUGUUUGGCUAACAAAUUACGCGGGGUUCUUGAGUUAGUGAGCUCAGCUAAUCAGAUGGCUUUUAUUAAAGGUCGCCAAAUUUUUGAUGCGUCUCUCAUUGCAAAUGAAUGCAUUGAUUCGGCAAAUUUCAAGAGAGAUAAAUGUGCAUUCGUGAAAUUAGAUAUUGAAAAAGCAUACGAUCAUGUGAAUUGGGAUUUUUUUUAUGAUAUAAUGACUAGAAUGGAGAAUGCUAACCUCAUUAGAGGUGUGGAUUAUGGGGUGAGGAGGUCUCCGUUUGUUAUUUCUCACUUGCUUUUCGCGGAUGAUACCUUAUGCAUGAUUCAAGAUACCCGCCGAAACUUCAAGCAUCUUCGCGACAUUCUCUGGUUGUUUGGAGCUUGUUCUGGAUUACGGGUUAACCUCAGUAAGUAUGAGAUUUUUUUCUCAAACUCAGUCUCCAACCGUAGGAAAAUGGCUCUUGCAAGUAUCUUGGGAUUCGUAGUGGGGUCUUUUCCUUCAACUUAUCUUGGGAUGCUUUUAGGUGUUAAAGCCCGCUCCAAAGCUUCCUGGGAUUCGACAAUUGCGAAAAUGGAAAGAAAGUUACCAAUCUGGAAGAGUAAGAUGAUUUCAAAAGGUGGACGUUUUAUUCUCAUCAAUAGUGCUCUAGCAUCUAUGCCCACAUACAUGAUGUCCUUAUUCCUUAUGCCUAAAAGUGUGGCUGUGAAGAUGGAAAGAAUUAUUUGUAAAUUUCUUUGGGGAUCCUCCGAGUCAUCCUUCUGUCAUUUGGUUAGGUGGGAUAAAGUGAAGAAGUUUAAAGAUCAAGGGGGUUUGGGUAUACAGGACUUGAUUUCGUUUAACACAACUCUUUUAUCAAAAUGGUGUAGCAUAUAUUCCUUAGAGCCCACCUCUUUAUGGGCUACUAUGAUCAAGUGCAAGUAUGGGAUUGAUUGGUCCGGUUGGUUCACCAAACCUAUUAACCAUGUAGUGGGAUGCGGUAUUUGGAGUGGCAUCUCGGUGAUAUGGAAGACUUUUCGUGAACAAUGCAAAUUUUUGGUAGGCGAUGGCUUUCGAUUAGUUUUUGGGAUGACAGAUGCUACAGUUAAGGACAUGUUUGAUAUGAGCUCUAAUGGUUUUUCUAGGAGAAUUAGGUAUAUGAGAAGACUUAAUGCUGAUGAGUUAGCUUUAUAUGAUAAAGUGUUGAACUUGGUGGGGCGCAAAGAGGUGAAUCCGUCCUCACAUGAUAUUAUGCGUUGGCAAGAUAUUGAUACCUUUAAGUUUAGUCAUUACUACUCCUUAAUUGCUGAGAAUGCACCUUACAAUUUUAUUUGGGAGAAGUUAUGGGAGUCUAAACUCCCAUCGAAGAUCUCUUUCUUUGGAUGGAGUGUCAUGCACGGAGGGAUUUUAACGGAUGAUAGAUGCAUGAAAAAAGGGUGUGUUAUGGCGAGUCGUUGUCGAAUGUGUCAUAAAGAGGUGGAGUCAACGCCUCACUUGCUCUUACAUUGUGAUGGAGUGCUGGCGAUUUGGAGUCUUUAUGGAAUAUGA